CUUUCUUUUCCCAACUUUGAUGGAUGGAUUACAAAUUAUUAUCUCAUUCAUAUUCGGAUUUAAUUAUAUAUAAGGAUGUCAAUAAUAUUCUUAUACUGUUGGCUUCCUCUAAUUAGAGAUGAAAGAAGGCACGACUUACAAUUCAUUUGAAAUGACCGAUUUUGACAUUUGAACGACCCGCACGAGUUUACGAGAUACUGAAACUAACCUUGUUUCGAUGUGGUUUUGCAAUGUCAACUGAAUUUAGAUCACUGUUUGGCAUUAGUCAUGCAUGUAAAUUAUUAUUAUUUUUUUUGCCUUGAUUACAUUAAUUUAUGAUGCGUUGUCUCAGCAUGUUCAGGCACAUCCCCAUGUCCACCUGCUGAUUGUCAAGAAGACCCCUCUCUCUCUUGCAUCUCUCACAUGUUCUCUCUCCUUCCUCAAGCAAAGCAGCUCCCACUUUAAUAUAUUCCCACCCAACUCUCUCCUCCAUCUUCCCUCUCCUUGCUCAGAACACUUUCAUCUCUGCAUUUUCAGCCACUUCCAGAAAGAAAAAGAGAUAAGUCAGAGAAAUGGGGUUGUCCCAAGAAACUUGCACAGAUCCUGAGAGGCCACGCAACGAAUCAGAUGCUCCGAUGCCAGUUUCCCGUCGGUACACCGACCACCAAAACGAGGCACGACUCAAAACCCUCCUCAGGAAGAUGGUGGCGGACUUUGGGUUGUCCUGUUUUCGUCCUCUGACGAAGAAGCAGAGCCGGGACGAGGCCGAGCGCGAGGAUAAGGACGGCCACUUGGAGAACAACAAGGCGUGGUUGCUUGCGGAGUCGAGCGGCGGCGGGGGCCGCCACGGUCCGGAGGUGGCCAACGCCGACCCGCAAUCCGUGCACUCGUCCUUCAGGUUCACCUUCUGCUCGCGGGUCGAGCUCGAGCCCUUCAUCGUCGACGCUUCCGCUGUCGGCACGACGGUUCUCAUGCUGAACUUGGACAAUGGCCUGGGCCAGUGCGAUGCCCAGGAGCUCAAAUGGCGACGGGUUGAGUCGCUGGAGAAGAACAUUGCCCCGGUGGCCAAUACUUUGAUCAGAUUCGGCUACAGUGAAAUUCGCUCUGCAACUCGCAAUUUUUCCAAAGGCAGAGUGCUGGGAAGAGGGGCAUUGAGCUGUGUUUUCAGAGGAAGGGUUGGGUACUUGAGAACAGCAGUGGCCAUAAAGCGUUUGGACAGAGAAGACAAGGAGUCCCCAAAGGCGUUCUUCAGAGAGCUGAUGAUUGCAAGCUCGCUUCACAACCCAAACAUAGUCCCUUUGCUAGGCUUCUGCAUCGAUCCGGAGGAGGGCCUGUUCUUGGUGUACAAAUACGUGUCCGGGGGAAGCUUAGAGCAGCAUCUGCACAAUAGGAAAAAGGGAGGUAAGGUUUGCCCUACACUUCCAUGGUUGGCGAGGUACAAGGUCGCUGUCGGUGUUGCCGAGGCUAUAAUGUAUUUGCACAAUGGGACUGAGAAAAGCGUGGUUCACAGAGACAUCAAGCCCUCCAACAUUCUCCUCUCCUCCAAGAAAAAGCCCAAGUUGUGUGAUUUUGGGUUAGCUACAUGGACUUCUCGACCAUCAGUCCCUUUCCUGUGCAAAACUGUCAAGGGAACAUUUGGAUAUUUGGCACCUGAAUAUUUCCAGCAUGGCAAAGUGUCUGAUAAGACCGACGUUUACGCUUUUGGAGUGGUUUUGUUGGAGCUAAUAACUGGCCGAAAACCAAUUGAAGCAAAUAAGCCCGCAGGGGAGGAGAAUUUGGUCCUAUGGGCGAAACCCCUCUUGCAGAAAGGAGUAGGAGCCGUCCAAGAACUGCUUGAUCCACAUCUUGGACCCACUCUUAGAAGUUCUAGCCAAGUUCUGAGGCUGAUUCAAGCAGCACACGUGUGCAUAAAUAGCGAAGAAUCUCAGAGGCCACCCAUGGAUCAUGUCGUCGCCAUUCUAAGAGGCGAAGAGGAGCCUUCCUCAUUAAGUAGGAAGGCUGGAAAUGGCUGCAUCAUCGACUUUUACAGUCAACUACAACAAUCAAAAACCGACAUGAACGGGCACCUAGCCCUGGCGAUGCUAGGAGUUCCUGACUUUGAAGACGACGAUCACUUCUUCUGUCGUUGAGACUUGAGAAUAAAAGAAACCCAACAAUUCCCUCCCGGAUUUUCUGCUUGGGUUAUCCGAAGCAACUCCUGCUCGGAGAACGGAGGUGGAGAAAGACUGUCGGUAGAAGCAUUAGAUACCUAUAGGAGCCGAGUUUGGAGAUCAAUUUCUUGUGAAUAUAUCGCAAUCAUCUCCCUCUUUUCCGGGAGGGAAGUGUAAAACGAAUUCUCAACCUCGAUCCUGGAAAAAUUACAUUGCAUGGUCCUCUAGUUUGGCGAGCGGUACCCUGCAAUUUCUUAAUUUUUGAAUGAUUUCAGGGAUGACCCUGACACAAUGCGAACUUGAUGUGGAUAUCCAGUCCUUUUAAUCCACGGAUGGAUAUCUCAUUGGAAGGCAUGCAAGUCUUCGUAAGAUCGGCAGCUUUUCGUGAAUUGGGUCGGUCCAGUGUCCAUUUGAAAAGAUGAACAGAGAGAUGGGGCCAAGGCCAUAUUCGAGUUCUGCCAUGGGAAGAAGAAAGGCGAAACAUUUCUCCACUUCGAGAUACUCUGUUCAGCUAUGGAAGCUUGCUUCAUUGUACACGAUCUUCUAUAAAUUGUACCAUUCUCUGUC